AAAGAUAGUAUCGUAGAUGAGUGAAGAUAGUGGAUAGGGAUAGCACUAUCCACAAUGGCGGUGCUGCUCCGUUGCUCCUCCCUUCUCCCUCGCCCUCGCCGCUAUAUUCCCGGAAAAACUCCUGUCUCCGGUCUUGCUGCAUGCCUCCUCUUAUAUGUCCAACCUUGUUUAACACCAGCACCAGGUGAGGCGGGAUCGCUUCUGUUCAAACUCAAAAAGCAGCUUUUGCUGCCCUGUGCAACUAAUUCCAGUAGACCAUAUAGCUCUAAGGAAGCAGGAGGAAAACAUUUUAAUGUACUACAAGAUGAUGUCGAAACACCGUAUUUGAUUGGUUGUGUUCACAAAUAUGAUGACACUCUUCUUCAACGCGUUUCCCCACAUCAGACAAGGUCCUCACCAUUGCCACUUAUUAUUACUAACGCUCUAAUGUUAUGCACUCCUCUUCAAGUCUUCGCUGAAACAUGUGAAACUGAUAGACCUGUAUUUGAGAUGCCAUUACUGCUGUUUGUAGCGCUUGUUGGAGCCACUGUUGGAGGAUUACUUGCAAGACAAAGGAAGGGAGAGCUGAGACGUGUAAACGAACAGCUUCGGCAAAUAAAUGCAGCUUUGAGAAGGCAGGCAAAAAUUGAGUCUUAUGCACCUGCUUUGAGUUAUGCUCCCGUCGGUGCUAAAAUACCGGAGAAUGAAGUUAUCAUUGAUCCUAGGAAGCAUGAGUUAAUUUCCCACUUGAAAAAUGGAAAGAACUUUUUACGAAACCAAGAUCCGGAGAAGGCGUUUGUAGAGUUUAAAACUGCACUUGAGCUUGCUCAGAAUCUCAAGGAUCCAAUAGAGGAGAAAAAGGCUGCUAGAGGCUUAGGAGCAUCACUCCAAAGGCAAGGAAAAUACCGUGAAGCCAUCAUUUACCACUCUAUGGUUCUAACGAUUUCUGAUAGAGAAAAGGAAGAUUCUGGAAAUACAGAAGCCUAUGGAGCAAUAGCAGAUUGUUAUACUGAACUUGGUGACUUGGAGCGAGCCGGUGUAUAUUAUGAUCAGUAUAUUGCGAGGUUGGAAACGGAUUGACAUGUAUAUUUUCUGCAAGAAUUUGUUUCUUUAGUUUCAAGUGAUUUGUGGGAAUUUUUGUAGAUGUAACAGUAUGGCUGUUCUUGAGAAUGAUCAUUACCAAAUCAUCUCGUGUUGCCUUGAGCUAUUCAGUACAUUAUGUGCUAAUUAUUCGAACAAUUCAGUUACGGUACUGUCCCCAAUCUCAAUAAAUAAAGAUAUAUAUUAAUCGGCAA